UCACAUGACCUCUGCCUCCGGAGGGAAGUUGCCGUGGCGGUGGACCGGAGACACGACCACGGACAGGAAGUCAUGGGGCGUCCAGCCCUGCAGACGUCCCGGGGCAAUAAUCCACUUCUGCCUGCCUGCCUGCCUGCCUGCCUGCCUGCCUGCCUGUCUGUCUGCUCCGCUCCGUGCCGCGGUGCGGGCGGCGGCAGGGGGCGCUGUGGCGGUGGCUGCCUCUGGGAGCUGCAGCGGAGAAGAAGAGGCGGAUGUUCGGAAACAAAGAAACUGCUGCGGAUUUUUGUUUCGUCCUGAGGAGCUGAAGAUGUGAGCGCUGCCACAUGGAUGAGGAGGCUGCUGGUGCUGCUCCUCCAGUGGAGGAGGAAGAGGAGGGAGGAGGAGGAGGAGGACGAGGAGAUGAGGGAGAUGGAGAGGUUACCAUGGAAACGCCCAGCGCUCCUGUAUACUGCAUCUGCAGGAAACCUGACAUCAACUGUUUCAUGAUAGGGUGCGACAGCUGCACUGAGUGGUUUCAUGGAGACUGCAUUGGAGUUUCAGAGAAGGCAGCUAAAUCCAUCAGAGUGUGGUACUGCCUGUCCUGCCGAGAUAAAGAUAACUCCCUGGAGAUCAAAUACCGUCCAAAGAAGACCAAGGAGAAGGAGGAGAAGGAGGCGGAGCUAGAGAAGGAGGAGAAGGCCGAGGAGGAUGGAAGCUCCACCCCCCACCCCAAGAUGGACAGGAGGCGGGGCUCCCAGAUCAAGCGCUCGGCGAGGAUGUGCGGCGAGUGCGACGCCUGUCUGCGGACCGAGGACUGCGCGCAGUGCGACUUCUGCAAAGACAUGAAGAAGUUUGGAGGACCGAACAAAAUCCGACAGAAGUGUCGCCUGAGGCAGUGUGAAGUCCGAGCCCGGAAGAUGCUGCGCGUCAAAGACGAAGAGAUUGGCCGGAGCGCCGGAAGGGGGCGGGGCAUCCAGAGGAAAGGGGCGGGACAUCUGCAGGACGAGGACGACGGCUUCAGCGAGAGCGAGCUGGAGCUGUACGAGCAGUACAAGGCCGCCGGAUACAGCGACCUGGUGUGGCACAGCGAGGAUGAGGACGGUCUGUCUGAGCCGGUGAGGAAGAAAGCGGUGAAGGUGAAGCAUGUGAAGAGACGAGAGAAGAAGUCUGAGAGGAAGAAGUGCCUGUCGGCUCUGAAGGAGGAGGUGAAGCUGCGGCGCCACAAGCAGAAGCAGCGCCACAGGGAGCGCGUGCGGCACAGCGAGCGGGGCGGAGAGGGCGGGGCUAAGGAGGUGGGCGGGGCUCUGCGGCAGUGCCUGGGGCCCGGCUGUGUGGAGGCGGCGAGACCCAAUUCCAAAUACUGCUCCGAGGACUGCGGCAUGAAGCUCGCCGCCAAUCGUAUCUAUGAGAUCCUGCCUCAGAGGAUCCAGCAGUGGCAGCAGAGUCCGUGCGUUGCCGAGGAAACGGGCAGGAAGCAGCUGGAGCGAAUCAGGAAGGAGCAGCAGGCGGCGAGGCUCCGCCUCACUCUGAUGGAGAAACGAUUCCACGAGCUGGAGAGCAUCAUCGCCAACGCCAAGCUGCAGCAAGUCCAGCAGGACGAGGAGGUGAAUGAAGGUGAAGGGGACGACACUGACCUGCAGAUCUUCUGUGUGUCCUGCAGUCACCCCAUCAACCCCAAGGUGGCGCUGCGCCACAUGGAGCGCUGCUACGCCAAGUAUGAAAGCCAGACCUCGUUCGGUUCCAUGUACCCAACACGCAUAGAAGGGGCCACCCGGCUGUUCUGUGAUGUGUAUAACCCUCACAGUAAGACGUACUGUAAGCGGCUGCAGGUUCUGUGUCCUGAACACUCCAGAGACCCAAAGGUGCCGGUGGACGAGGUGUGCGGCUGUCCUCUGGUGAAGGACGUCUUCGAGCCGACUGGAGAGUUCUGCCGCGUCUCCAAGAGGAAAUGCAACAAACACUACUGCUGGGAGAAGCUGCGGCGCGCCGAGGUCGACCUGGAGAGAGUCCGCGUGUGGUACAAACUGGACGAGCUGUUCGAGCAGGAGAGGAAUCUGAGGACGGCGAUGACGAACCGAGCCGGCUUAUUGGCUCUGAUGCUGCAUCAGACCAUCCAGCACGACCCAAUCACAACAGACCUUCGCUCCAGCAAGGACAGAUAGACAGGCAGUUAGACAGACAGACAGACAGACAGGCAGGCAGGCAGGCAGGCAGAUAUGUAGAAGAACAGAUAUGUCAGUAUCUUUGAGCAGCUCAGAACAGAUUCUUCUUUUUAAAUCCUUGCGUGGAUGUUUUUGUUUUUUACCGUUUGUGAACCACGUGACCCUGAACGCACCGCUCGCUCUCUGUGUUUACAUGCUGAUCAGUAUCAGAGCUGCAGGGGGCGCUGCAGAAUCUGAACCUGGGCUAAACAGAGUCAGCCGAGCAGAGUGUCAGCUCCGCCUGCAGGGGGCGCUGCAGAGGCUCAGCAGAGUGUCAGCUCUGCCUGCAGGGGGCGCUGCAGAGGCUGAGCAGAGUGUCAGCUCUGCCUGCAGGGGGCAGGCGGUCUUUGGCCUGUAAACUGAACGUUUGAACAUUAGAAAUAUCAGCAGAAUAUUACUUUGCAUGUAAACACCCUCACACAGAGCAGGAUGUGUGUGUGUGUGUGUGUGUGUGUGUGUGUGUGUGUGUGUGUGUGUGUAUGUGUGUGUGUGUGUGUGUGUGUCAGUGGAUAUAAAUGUAGUUGUGUUCAGUUGUAGUCAGACUGUAGUCAGUCUGCUGUUGCCAUGGAAACGAUCACACAGCUGCAAACUACACCAUGUCUUCUCUGGGACAUUUUUUUUAAAAAAGGGCAUGAGCCUGUUUGAACCGGUUUCAGUCGGUUCCAGUCGGAUCCAGACGGUUCCGGCUCAGCCUGGCGGACACUACGGCGGCUGUGUGUGUUUCUGUGGAGCAGCAGAGAUCAGUGACCUGCUCCCUUUUGACCACAGUGUUUAAUCACAGUAUUGUUUUUAACCUCAGCAUUGUUUUAUACCACAGUAUUGUUUUAUAUUACACUCUUCUUUUUAUUAAUCAUAUUUUUUAUUUUUCUAUCAUGCCGUUGUUCGUUGAUCUUGUUGUAGCCAAACUGAUGUUUCAGUCUUUUACCGUCGAAUAAAACAUUUUAAUAUCAUCA